AUGAGGAUCGAGGGGAAGAGAACUCUCCUCCUGCUGCUGCCUGGUGCGCUGGCUGUGACCGAGACGUGGGCGGGCUCCCACUCCCUGAGAUAUUUCUACACCGCCGUGUCCCGGCCCGGUCUCGGGGAGCCCCUCUUCAUCAUCGUCGGCUACGUGGACGACAAGCAGUUCGUGCGGUUUGACAGCUACGCCCCUAAUCCGAGGAUGGAGCCGCGGGCGCGGUGGGUGGAGCAGGAGCGGCCCGAGUAUUGGGAUGAGGAGACUCAGAGAGCCAGAGACACCGCACAGACUUUCCGAGUGAACCUGAACACUCUGCGCGGCUACUACAACCAGAGCGAGGCCGGGUCUCACACCCUCCAGGAGAUGUACGGCUGCGACGUGGGGCCGGAUGGGCGCCUCCGCGGGUUUGAUCAGAACUACCUAAACCGCGAGUGCGCGGAGUGGCUCCGCAGAUACCUAGAGAGCGGAAAGAACACGCUGCUGCGCGCAGACCCUCCAACGACACAUGUGACCCAUCACCACAUCCCUGGCCGUGGGGUCACCCUGAGGUGCUGGGCCCUGGGCUUCUACCCUGAGGAGAUCUCACUGACCUGGCAGCGUGAUGGGGAGGACCAGACCCAGGACAUGGAGCUUGUGGAGACCAGGCCUUCAGGGGAUGGAACUUUCCAGAAGUGGGCAGCCCUGGUGGUGCCUUCUGGAGAGGAGCAGAAACACACGUGUCAUGUGCAGCAUGAGGGGCUUCAGGAGCCCCUCACCCUGAGAUGGGAACCUCCUCAGCCUUCCAUCCCCAUCACAGGCAUCAUUGUUGGCCUGGUUGGCCUGGCUGUGGUGGCUGGAGCUGUGAUCUGGUGGAAGAAGCGCUCAGGUGAACAAGGAGGGAGCUACACUCAGGCUGCAAGCAGUGACAGUGUCCAGAGCUCUGGUGUGUGA